AUGGAGCCCUUAGGGCUUCCAGGGAGUUUGGCGGGUGGCAGCAGAGGGCAGCAGCAGAAAGCCAAGGAUGGUCCAGCUGAUCUUCACAGGGCACCCAGCGCUGAUAUUGCUGAACAGAAAAAAAACCGUCGCAGUGCGACAGAAACAACGGAAACUCGGAAGCAUGGACUUCGCCGUCUCGUCGGAAGAAAGACCAAAGCAAGGGGAGAACAACGCAGGCGGAAUGUGGAACUGAUAGGCUUCUCGUACCCGCAAGACCGAGUCAUCCGCUUGGUCCCUGCGAUCCAGCCGACUGCUGCUCCACAAAAGGGGUGCAUGUGCCAGGGACCCGAGGAUGGCGAAGGUUUACCUGAAACAGCGAAAGAAACAGAUAAGGGAGCAGCAACACUUCCUGCAACCCAGGACCUUUGCGUGCGCAUCCCUUUCUCACAUCGCCGCGUCCCCCUCUACACAGAAAAGCCGCGUCGAACGAACACAAGAAGUUCGGGGCUCCAAAGCUCUGCUAUUUUAGGCCCCCUGCUGCAGUGGCUGUUUUGCUGCUGCAGCCCUGCCCCUGUUGCAGUGGGGUCGCGCAAGCGGCACGCGGCGCACCGUUACAUCUGCAGCCACAUCUUGCAGGAGGCAGCUUGGCGUAUUCACGAGGCAACAGAGCUUGUAAUUGAUCCCUUUGCUAAGGAGAACGACCCGAAGCUAUCUAGCCUGCUGCCGCUCUCUUCUGGCAACUCAGUACACAGCAGCAAAGGUGCACCCCUUUCCACCAGAGAUUCUGAAGAAGCCAAGGAGGCGUUGCUUCAGAACCCCAAAGUGGCGUUCCUGCUUGACUACUAUGAGCGCUUGCUUGCCGCAGAGAUGCUGCAGCUGGUGCCUCGUGGGGGCCGCUGCUUCUCCCCGUUUGAUGCUGGUGCUGCCUCUGCUGAAGACCUGCUGGGCUUGACGGCUUCCUCCCGCUUUUCCCGCUGUCUCCUCUCGAUGCCUCUCUUCAGUUGUCUGCCCAUUGCCCCCUGGCACUUGUGGUGGCCAAAGGAAUCGCUCGCUGUGAAGCGCCGCUGCGCCUUUCGCGUGUCUUUACAGCUGCUGCAUAUCUCACUGUCGGAUUGUCACUUGUUUCGUGAGGAAGACCUCGUAGCCCAGAAACUGCUAAGCGCGUAUGAGGUGUAUGCUUACCUCGCUCGCUGCUCUAGCGGCGAGCAACUGACAGCCAAGCUCCGCAGCUGUCUGCAGUACACGAAGGAAAUACGGGAGAGCUGCGGCCUGCCCAGGGAAUUGAAUCCCCUGCAGCAGGCCGCCGCUGCUGCCGUUGCGGCGUACAGACGGGACCAACCGCCACAGGUGCAGCACGAUCGGCUGCAGCAGAAGCUGCAGCAAAUACAAAACCUUUCUCACCAAGUGCUGCAGCUCACGAGGUGGUUGUGCAGCUUGAAGACGAGCUAUCCGCAGGUGCGUCCUUGCAGCACUGGCACCAGCAGCAGAAACAUCAAGUGCAGUGAGCAGAAACAGCAGCACAGCCUUCGUCUUUACGACUUGAACGUUUGUGGCGUUUACCCGCUCUUAAGUGUGUCGGCGGGGAGGCGGUUUCGCUUGCGAGAACUUUCUGUCUUUCUGUCCCCUUCAAUGACAGAAGAAAGAAGGGUGGAGACAAAGGCUUUCUCAGUCUCAUUUCAGGAAGAAAACCGCUCCUGUGAGCCUCAUUUUGCUGCGCUUCAGCUGUGGAAGCAGUGGCUUGGCCACCUACAACAACGACGUCUGCUGCGGCUGCAGCGCGAUCAGCAGCGUCAGCAGUUUGCUGCUGCUGGCGAGACCAUCGAGAAACUCUGGCAGCAGCUGCAGCGCCAGAGGGAUCUGCAGCAGUUCGACUGCACUGGCCUCCAGCUUCAGCUGCUGCUCCUCUCGUACGAAAACAAAACAGCAUUGCUGCUGCUCCCGUUACGGAGAGAAGAGGAAACUGAGAAGCAGCUGCUGGGAGAGGAGAUAGCGGCAGAAGUGGAGGAGCUUCUGACAUAUGCCGUCGAUACAGCGCCUCCCCAGCAGCUUCCUUCAUUUGACAUUUCGGGUGUAUGCACAGCGAUUCUCAGCAAACUCUUCGCCACGUCUGUGCCUCAUCCAGGAACUCCUCUCCGUCUUUUGCUACUGUCCUCUAGAGAACGGCCUACGACACCAAAGGGCACCCGAGCCCCUUCAUCCGCCCAAGCAGCUGCAACAGGAGUAGCAGCAGCUUCUACAAGAACAGUGGCAGCAGCAGUAGGAGGGGCAGGCGCAGCAGGUAACGAUGCGUCCUUGCCUCUGCAGGAGCAGCUGCGCCGGUGCCUCUCUCGCACGCUGACUGCAGUUGUGGGCUGCCGAGUGAACGAGCGGUCCGUGGGGGGGCAGAAGCACUUGGCGCUGCACUUCCCGUUCUUUUCAACUGCUGCCGGUUUUCCAAUUGCUUCGCCAGUGCCUCCGGAAAGCCUCCCGCUCCAGUACCGGCAGCAGUUGCUGCAGCAAGAGCAGCAAGCGCACCACGUUCUCGCCGCCUUCCACACCACACUCAACAAACCGCUUAACUCGAUUUCUCUUCAUGUUGGCGUCAGCCAUCCCGGUCUCCCUAGGCCCAUUGAAGCUCUUGUGGCUGUCCCCUUGCCCCCCCAGCUGUCUGUAUUGAGAGACGAACUCAUUCGUAGCAACUCCAUUGAAGGAGAGCCGUCAACUGCCUACCACCCAUCCCCUGUGUCUUUCUGCGUGGAUCUACCCUUCAGCUCUUUCAGAAGCAGCAACCAGCAGCAGCAGUCACACCAGAAGAUGGCAGAAACGGCGGCAGAAGCUGACAGGGCCUGCCCCCAGCAAAUCCGUUCUAUGAAUUCUCUAAAGGACCCUCAAGCUACCUGGAUUGUACCGCUGCCUUCGUUUUUGUCUGUGGAAGCCACUGAAGCCAGAUACAGGAUGCUGCAGCAGCAACUACAGCAGAUGCCGCUGCUCGCCACUCCUGCCUGGGGGGACCCCAUAGAAGCAGAUGCUAUAGCUCUGUGCCUUGAAAGGGAGGCCGCCACAGCUGCUCAGAUUGCUGCAACUCAGCGUAACCGUUCUCUUGCUGCUGCUGCUGCCCGUGCUGACUUUGCCGCCGAAGUUGCAGAAGCACUAGCUGCUGAAGCUGGCAAGCGUAGUUCCGCAUUAGCCGCUGCAGCAGAGAGUCGAAAGACUCCCUUUUCUACUGCAGCAACACGUCUGCGCGCUGUCUUAUCCCGGGUUCCCCAUGACAGCAAUAGGGACCUGAAAACACCAGAGUCAGCAACAGCGGGGGCAGCAGCGGGUGCUUCUGCUGCCGCAGGCGGCACCCCUACCAGCCAUGCUAUAGACACCCUAUCUGGUUCAAUAGCAGUUGAUGCUGCUCCUGGAGAGGUGGCGUUGGCGCCAGCAUCAGCAAGGGCAUCAUAUUGCAGCGAAGUGCAGCACUCUGCUUGUCACCCUGAAGAAGCCGCAACGGGAGAACCAAAGGGGGCGCCUUUGUCUCCGUUAGUUUCACUUCCUCUCGAACAUGCAGUUCUUAAAGAAGUUGGAAUGGAAUCAGGGAGAGAAGAAAAUGAUGCGAGCGCCGUUGAGGAGGCCUCCCUGGCUUCUGUACUCCCCUUCGAGUAA